GCCGUUUUGGGUGUCAUCAGGACGCGCCAGACGCGGUUGCCGCGUCGCGUUUAGGGUUGCCGGCUCGAGAAAAUGGCGGCCGGACAGCCGGUGUUAGUCCGCGGCCCCGGCCCCGAGUGUUGGGCAGUGCCGUGGUCUUCGGCCCGAGGUUCAGCGUGGGAUUUCAUCCGCUCCCAGUGCCGGCAUAGGGGUAUUCCAGUGGAUUGCUUUUAUAUAAAAUGUAAUGGACAGUUAAUUAAUACUGAAGAUGUGGUUCAAUAUGGAGCAGUUUAUAGUCUGGAACCCAGACUCUGUGGAGGAAAAGGAGGUUUUGGAUCUAUGCUUCGAGCACUUGGUGCUCAGAUUGAAAAGACAACUAAUCGAGAAGCAUGUCGAGAUCUCAGCGGAAGGAGACUUAGAGAUGUCAACCAUGAAAAGGCAAUGGCUGAAUGGGUAAAGCAGCAAGCUGAGCGAGAAGCAGAAAAGGAGCAGAGGCGCCUAGAGAGGCUGCAGCGGAAACUGGUGGAGCCCAAGCAUCAUUUUGCCAGUCCUGACUACCAGCAGCAGUGUCAUGAGAUGGCUGAGCGCUUGGAGGACUCAGUCCUCAAAGGUAUGCAGGCUGCCUCCAGCAAAAUGGUGUCACCUGAGAUUAGUGACAAUAGGAAACGACCUAAUGAACCUGAUAAAAGUGGUGGAGUCAAAUCAAAGAAAAGGAAAUGCUUCUGGAUGGGCAUGGAAGGCCUGGAGGAUGAAGGAAGUUCAGAUGAUGGGGACAGUGAAGAAGUCCCCAGCACUUCAGGAAUGAGCUUCCACUCACCCAAUGGCUAUACUGAGAAUGCUGACAAGGCAGAAGAAUUUUCCAGGAGUUGUAAGGAUUCCUUAGGUGUGAAUGUAUCAGAAAAGCUACAGGUGCCCACCAACCUCUCUGACAGUGUUGCCCCAGCUGAACUGUGUGGGGAUGGGAGCAGGAUGCCCACCGAGAAGAUGGAAGAGAUGGAAGUAGAAAGAAAAAUGAAUGUAGAGAAGGAACCAUUUGUAGCAGAGAGGGAAGGAGAGACAAAUACAGCACAGGACAGAGGAGGAGGAAACAAAAGAGCAAGUGAAGAAGACCCAGAAAAGGUGCCGCUUGAUAAACCCGAGGGAAGCCCGACAGGAAACAAAGAUGUUCAGGAACCUAUAAACCUUCUGGCAUUCAGCUCAGUUGAAGAAAUGGAAAUGUUGGGUUUGGAUAAACUUAAAUUGGAAUUAAUAGCACUGGGACUUAAGUGUGGAGGCACUUUACAGGAAAGAGCAGCAAGACUCUUCUCUGUCAGAGGACUAGCAAAGGAACAGAUAGACCCUAGUUUAUUUGCCAAACCCACUAAAGGGAAGAAGAAGAAAAUCCCAUAGACACUCAUUUCUUUUUUAUACUUUUUUUUCCUCUGAAAAUGGUAACCUCUGUCACUGUUUCUGCAAUUAUUUUUGUUUGAUUAAAACUGAACUUUUAGUGGUUUUGAAAUUGGCAUUGAAAGAAGCACAAUUCUAAAUUACAAUAAAAAUGUUUUAUAAUUGAUGGAGAA